GACAACCUUGAAUUCCUUUAAAUCGAGCUCAGUUACGUGUUCAAGUCCACGAACCCUCCACAUUUUGCCAUGUGAUGCCCGAGGUCAGCGACACAUUUUGGCGUGUCGCCUUCUUCCGCAGCCAGAACAGCUGGGGACCGGCGAUCCAGCCGGUCCGCCCCCGGCCCCCGGGAGCCCCCGAUCUCCGGCGGCUCGACCCCCUGUACGCUCCUCUUCCGCGGCCCCGGCGGCGAACCCCAGUGCGUGGGACCCCGAAGGCGCCCGGCUUCAUAAGUCGGCUGCUGCGCAAGCUGAUCGUGUGGAGGCGGCCCAGGGCUCGGAAGUGGCGGCCCUCGGCGUCGGCGCGCCGAAUGCAGGCCAAGCAGGGCGCCCGCCAGGGCAACCGCGGCCAGAGAAAGGUGCUCGCCUUCCUCAUGGGCCGCCGCAACCGGAGACACUGUCAGAAGAGCACUCCUGGUGGCGGUACGUCCGCACUCAAAAUACAGAACAUGAGAAACGGGCGAGUGCACGUGCUGCGCUGGCUGCUGUGGGAGACCAAGAUGCCGGCGCUGGAGCGCACCUCGAACGGCGCCCUCGCGCUGCACUACGCGGCGGCCAGGGGAUGCCUCGACUGCGUCAAAAUCCUGCUGGCCACUUCCCCUGAGCACAGCGCCAAUGCUCAAAUGGACAACGCGGUGACGCCGGUGUACCUGGCGGCGCAGGAGGGCCAUUUGGAUGUUCUGCGCUACCUGGUGACCGAGGCGGGCGGCUCGCUGCUUCUAAGGGCCAAGGACGGUAUGGCGCCGCUGCACGCGGCCGCCCAGAUGGGCUGCCUACCAUGCAUCAAGUGGAUGGUGCAGGAGCAGGGCGUCGAUCCUAACUUGCGCGACGGUGAUGGCGCCACGGCCCUCCACUUCGCUGCCAGUCGCGGACACGCAGAAACUGUCCGGUGGCUGCUCAGGCACGGUGGACGCAUGCUGCUUGACAAAUUCGGCAAGAGUCCCCUCAAUGACGCCGCUGAGAACGAACAGAUAGAGUGCUUGAGCAUUUUGGUCCAGCACGGCACAGCACCCGACUACAACCACGUAGACGGCCCUCCAUCGAACAAGCCGCGUUCAACGCAGCACUACAAAAGCAGACGCGAUGAAUCGCGGGACUCGCUCUCAGACAGCAGCAGCCUCAAAUCCGAACCCUUCUACCUGCACCCACCUUCCAGUGGGGGAAACAACAACAACAACAACCCUUUCUCAGCCUGCGGCGCCAACGUGUGCAACAGCAGCAACAACAAUUCGCUCUCGUCCUCGCUCAGUGGCCUUGAAAUCUAUGUCAAUCCUAUGAAUGCAGCAGUUGAAGAAACCAGAACCGCGUCCAGCAGUCCUGGCAGUUCAACAGAUUCUGAAUGCUCAUUCUACUUGCACAACCCUCGCGAGGUGAUCUACAACAGGGUCAAAGACCUUUUUGAGACACCCAGCAGCCAGGCAAGACCAACCUCACCGACGACCAGAUCCAUUUCCGUGGCCUCCUCCAUUGCCUCCUCAGCAGAGGGAAGCACUACAGUCGUCGUCAAACAAGAAGGAACAGUCACAGUUCGUGUCGAUGUGCACUCGUCGGAUGUGCACUCGAUGAUAGGCGAGGCUGUGGAGAACGACUACGAGGACAUUUACCAGCUGCGCGAGGAAGCGGCUGCCGUUGUGACCUACUCGCCAAUCGGCACCGGCCGCAAAAGCAGCAUCGUCAACAUCACCAGCCCAAGCAAUUCGCGGCCACCCUCGCAACAGGGAUCGCAGCCUCCCUCGCAACAGGGAUCGCGACCACCGUCGCGUCUCGACAACGCGUCGCGCCCGCCUUCGCAGCAGAGCUCGCGUCCGCCGUCCCUGCACGGCACCUACUCGCGCCCGCCGUCCGUUGCCAGUCUGCACGCCGACUCGCCACCAGAGCCGCCCAGACGGAAUGCGACACCAGUUGAAGGCGAACCCGAAGAGAAGACCAGCGUCUCGCGGCACAUGUCCCUGCCCGGUCACGGCUCCAGCUCACCCAAUCCAAAUGCCAACUCUGCAGAAAGCAGGGCACUCAAGAGAGUCGUCUCGGAGCCCGGCGGCCUUCAGCAUCCGCCCCCGCCGCCUCCGCCGCCCCCGGCCCUGUUGCAGUUGGAUGGUUUUGGAGACCGAAAUGCAACAGGCAAGUCAUUCGGCGCCGAGCAGGCCUCCGAGGAGCAGACCGCCUCCACGCCGGCCACCCCCACGGGCAACAAGCACCUGGUGCUACCGUUCGUGCCGCCCAAGUUCCCCGGCGCCGGCUCCGACAGCCUGAUCAAGCCGUCCGAGUACCUGCGCAGUCUCGGCGGCUCCGUGCUCAAAGCCGCCUCCGUCGCCGUCUCCGUGCCACCCCCGCUGAAGGAGGAGGCCGAGCCGGCCGCACCCUUGCCCCCACAGGAGACCGCAACGCCGCCCCCGGGUCCACCCCCGCCACCCCUGCCUGUUGCUCAGCAGCCACCACCAACCUCUCUGCAGCCCCCGGAGGCAGCGAAGGCCAAGACGCCGCCGCUGCAGCCGCUCUCGGGCAUCAGCAUCCACGACUUGAACAGCGUGCAGCUCAGAAAAACCGAAAGGCUGGGGAAGACCAUGUCAGCGCCCCUCGGGCCUGCGCCCGCCACCAUCGCGCCACCUCUAGUUCUAGAGGAGCGGUUCCAGUCGCAGAAGAACGACCUGAUCGAGGAGCUGAAGCGGUCGCGCGACAUAGGUGGCAUCCGAAAGUGUCGCAUGGAGCGGGCCAAGUCUGAGGAGCGGCAGGAGAAGGAGCGUUUCACCAAGCUGUCCAAGCAGUUCUCGGUGGAGAACUUCGUGGAGCAGUCGCUGCAGGUGCCCGACGUGGAUGCGACGGGCAACCCUAUCCCCGCGUGGAAGCGCCAGAUGCUGGCCAAGAAGGCGGCCGAAAAGGCAAGGAAGGAAGCCGAACUCAGGGCGCAGCAGCAGGCUGAAGAGGAGCGCCUCAAGAACAUUCCGCCCUGGAAGAGGCAGCUCAUGGCCAACCGCAAGGAGACUGAUAUCAAAAGAAGUGUGCUUUACACGCCGAAAGUGCUAUCCGUGGAGAGUCCGGUGUGUGAGGUGGAGGAGCCGAUCGCGGACAACAAGGAGAAUAUUGAGGAGGUGUCGUCCUCAGCCGAAGUGGCUAACAAGCACAGCAGCGCCGAAGAGGAAAAUCUACAGCAGCCCCUGAUGCCGUGGAGGGCGCAGCUGCGCAAGACCAACAGCACCCUCAACCUGCUCGAGUGAUCCCCUAGAAAGAGCCAUUUUCUUCUUUCUCAAAAGAAAACGCCGCAAUUUGUAUGUAAACAGCUGAACUGCUCAAAAUUCACGCAAUUCCCGACUAACACACCUCAACUGUAAAUAAGCUCAUCAUAUUAUUUUGUUUAGUUUAUCUCUCUCAGCACCAGGUGAUAAUCAAAUUGUAGUGAUUUUUCUGUCAAACGAGGAAUUUCAAGAAGUUAAAACUUAGUUAUUUCCCAAAAAAUUGCACCAGCCGCGGUGUAUUAACUUUUUGAAACUCUCUCACACGCUUUUCCUCUUAUUUUUAUCCUAAGCGAAAAAACUUCUGACAGAUGAGAUUAAAUCCAAGUGAAUAUUUCUUGAAGCAAGAAAACUGAUAAUAUUCUUUUUAGGAUUCUCAAAAACUUAUGAUUUUUAUUAUAAUGAUAUCCUGCUUCUCAUCCAUAACAUGUUAAAACUUUAGUUAUUAUGUAAGUCCCACCUGUCAUCGCAAAAUGUCUCAAGAGAUCUUUUGUUAACAUUAUUAAAGUAUGCAAUAAAUAUAUUUCAAGUUUAUUAUAAAAACAA